CACCAUGCUUGGAAUGCUUGGACUGAGCUAUGAAAGCAGCGAGGAUGAAGAUGCAUCUGUUCCGUCUCAGAAUACAAACCUUUCGGAGCGGCAGACGGUUCGGGCAAAGGAACCGAGCAAUACAGCAGAUACUUCAGAGACACUCCCAUCUCGACCUAUCACGGAGACUCCGAUGAAGCUCGUAACUCCAGCAGUCGACACCACACCUGAAGGACCAGCACUGGGACCAUCCAGACCGCAAGCCGAACCUAUCGAUACAGACGAAGGACCAACUUCACGACCACAAUCCCCUUACUCCGCCAACCGCACUGCCCUCCGCAACCUCACCCUCCCCCCCACCCCCUCCUUCACCAUCCCCUCCUCCCCCCCGGGCAGCCCCCCCGCCUCCACCGCGAAAUUCACCCAAUUCCUCUUGCUCAAGAAGCGCGGCGUGCAUUUCAACGAGCGCCUCUCCACCAGCGCGCAGCUCCGUAACCCCGCGCUGCUGUCGAAGCUGCGCGAGUUCGCGGGGAUAUCGGAUGAGGAGCAGUAUGCGACAGCGCUGGAGGGGGAGGACGGGGUGGUGGUGAAGUGGCCGGAGUAUGCAUCGAGUGGUACUGGAGUUUAGGGGAAUAGAUAUUGGGCUAUUAGCAUGUCAAUUCGGUGCCUGGGCAGUCAAGGGAACAAGAUGCCUUUAUGUAGUACGGAGUAAUGUGUGCUAUCGAAACUGCCUCCAAAAACGGAGGUUUCUGACACCGUUUUCUGCGGUCUUUCCGCCUAGGCAAAACGCCCUCGUUUCGUUACCGGCGGUGCCCCAAAACCAUUAUUAGUGGAAUAGUAUAGACCAGGGGCCAUGUCUUGGAUG